GCGACCUCGUGGCCUGGACAAGCGACCCCCAGCCGUGCUUCAGUCAGCACGGCCUCAAUCAAAGGUCGAGAGCUGGCAGUCUUGAUUGACGUAGCAGCAGGGAAACGAGAGUCCAGCCAGGCUACGAACCGGUGCCCUGUCUACUCGGUCGACCACAAUCCCAGUGCUGCAGGCCGACCUCAAUCGCCGACAGCGUUUACACCAUCAUUGAUACAAACCGUACAGCAAAACCAGAGAUCCGCCGCCGCCUUCGUCCACACGCUCGAAAUCACUCCUCCUCAUGCGAUCACGAUAGCACACCGCCUUGCCUUUUGCUGCCACCGCAAUGGGGCUCAUAGGCGGCAUCUCUCCUGGCGGGAGCAUAGCUCUCGGCAUCAUAGUCGGGCUGUUGUCUACAAGCGUUCAGAGCCUCGGCCUAACACUCCAACGCAAGUCGCAUAUACUCGAAGACGAAAAGUUUCCUUAUGACGUGAGGCGGCCGGCCUACCGCAGAAGAAGGUGGCAGCUGGGGAUGGGCAUGUUCCUGAUAUCCAACAUAGUGGGGAGUUCGGUCCAGAUAUCCAUGCUCCCCUUACCAGUUCUGUCGACGCUUCAGGCAUCAGGCUUGGUGUUCAACUCGAUCUGCGCCACGCUCAUACUCGGAGAGCCGUUUACGAAGUGGUCCUUAUGGGGGACGCUACUGGUCUGCAGCGGCGCUGUCUUGAUCGCUGUCUUUGGGGCGAUUCCGUCGCCAGCGCACACGCUAAGCGAGUUACUUGAGCUUCUGGGGAGGCGGCCAUUCGUGGUUUGGAUGUCCCUCCAGGCCGUGUUCGUCGUCGGUCUCGGCGUCGCGACGGAGCUCGUCAGUCAUCUCACGACGCUAAUGCAGGACCCACGGUUUCGCCUUGCGCGCGGCUUCUCGUACGGGUGUAUAAGCGGCACCUUGUCUGCGCAUUCUCUCCUGGUGGCCAAAUCCGCUGUCGAGCUGAUCGUCAGGACGAUCGCUGACGGCGAUAAUCAGUUCAUCCACUGGCAGUCGUGGAUGCUCGUCCUCGCCCUGGUUACCCUUGCCCUCAGCCAACUCUACUACCUCCACCGCGGCCUCAAGUUGGUCUCGACCUCCGUUUUAUACCCCCUAAUCUUCUGUAUUUACAACAUAAUUGCGAUCCUCGACGGACUGAUCUAUUUCCGCCAAACUGACCUUAUCAACCCUCUGCGCGCAUGCCUUAUCGCUCUCGGCACCGUCAUCCUUCUCUCUGGUGUGCUGGCCCUGUCAUGGCGCCUCAGUGACGAGCAGCAUACGCCGGGGGUCGGACAGUCAACGCUGGCGCCCGGCCUUGGUCUGGUUGAAGAUACAGACGAGGAAGAGGAGGAGGAAGUUUCGCUCCGCUCUGCUCUCCUUGAAGAAGGAGAGGGUGCGCUACCGACGCAGGCCACAUACCAAACCUUUGGGCCUUAUCUUACCUCCGAGGUCUCCAUGGCAUCUUCCGCUUCUGCGCCUCGGAGACCCAUGGCCCGCUCCACGAGGACAACUCCGUCACGAUGGGCAGAACGAGCCGAAAUCUGGGACGAGCUGGACGACCGCAGCACCCCGGACCCAUCAUCCCCCACAUUCAGCAGGCGGCGGUCAACUACUCUACCCGUCCACAGAGCCUCCACCUCAUCCAUGCUUCCAAGACGAGGGGCAACUAAUUCACGUAGUCCUGCACUGACCGGCGAACCUUGGGCCGAAGAGACGGAUCCGCUCUUGGACUCGCCCAGGAGGAAUUUCAAGCGGCGACGGAAGUCGACAGGUUUUCCUGGGUUCACCGCAAGGAGGAGCACGGGCCGGAAAACGUCUGGCGGGAUUCCAGAUGUGGCACAUAGGAUAUGGGGUCUAACACCAUGGGGAAAUAGGCAACGGCCAACGGGACCAGUGGCCUCUCCGCGGGCGAGUUCCGCAGGUUGGACAGCACCCGUAAACGGAGACGACCUUGAGACUGGACGAGUAGACUCAUCGUCAGAGAGAAGGCCACACCUGGUGGUGUUUGAACCGAGGUCGGGGUCGGGAAGUAAUAGGCAGGACGAUUCCCCAGUAUAAAUCAAGUCUUUUUGCUGUUAGUUCAAAACCCUAGUAUUGAUGUAGGAUUCGGAACAGCACAACAUGUCAUGGCCUUCCGUGCGUGCACACACAACUUGUUUCGUGGUACAAGUAGUGAUUCUGGGCCUAUCCUGAAUAUCUGAACGGGCGAAGCAAAGGCGGGGAAGUCUCAGGACAUUAGGUGGGACAGACAAAUCGACCACGGUGGAGGAACAAAGUGCUAGCUCGACAUAUAUAUCGGCUCGUAGACU